UUUAUGGUCUUUGACUUUUCGUGUCAGUAGUGUACGAUGGCUGAUCCUUUGAGUUUGUUACGGCAGUAUAAUGUCAACAAAAAGGAAAUUAUACAAAGGGAAAAUCAAAUUAUCUUCGGCGAAUUUUCUUGGCCGAAAAAUGUCAACACAAAUUACCUGAUGUGGGGGUCAGGUAAAGGAGACCAUGCAAAGGAGUAUUACACAUUGGAAUGUCUGCUCUUCCUUCUCAAGAAUGUUGCUCUUUCACAUCCUGUGUACGUUCGGAAGGCUGCGGCAGAGAAUAUUCCCGUUGUCCGAAGACCCGAUCGAAAGGAUCUCUUGGCAUAUCUCAAUGGUGAAACAGCAUCUUCAGCAAAUAUCGACAAAUCGGCACCUCUCGAGAUACCAACCCAAGUGAAACGUACCGCUGAUGACUCCGCUGAAAAUUCUGCCAAAAAGCCACGUUUUGAGGAAACGCAAGUGCAAAAGGUCAAGGAGCAACUAGCAGCACGCCUUGAUGCACCAAAAGAGGCUUCUGUCACUGUCGAUAAUAUCAAGUCAUUGUCAGAAGCCAUGUCUGUCGAGAAGAUAGCAGCCAUCAAAGCUAAACGACUUGCAAAAAAACGUACUACAAUCAAGGGCAAUGAUGACAUUGCAUUGGGUCCUGACUUACGAGUCAUGCUUGACUUUGAUGUCGACUUAACGAAGGAUAUCAUAUCUCGUGAACGCCAGUGGCGAACACGUACCACGAUUCUACAGAGUGCUGGAAAGAUAUUUGCGAAAAACAUCUUUGCUAUCCUCCAAUCGAUAAAAGCUAGGGAGGAAGGUAGGCACCGUCCACAGCAGCCAACGCCUGCGAUCACCCCUCGUGCGACUCCAGUCCGGCCCAUCGCGCAGCCCGCUGUCUACAACCGAUACGAUCAAGAGCGAUUCAUACGUCAGAAAGAAGAAACGGAAGGUUUCACCAUUGAUACAACAGGGACAUACCACGGAAUGACCCUUAAAUCUGUAACUGAAGGAACACAGCCAAAGAAACCUGUGACGCCGGCCCCUGCUGUCACUACCCCGAGACCCACAGCAGAGGCACGGCUGGCAGUACAGCCCAAUAAACGGGUCUCUCGAACACCCAUUAUCAUCAUUCCUGCGUCUCCAACCUCGCUGAUCACCAUGUACAAUGCCAAGGAUAUCCUCCAAGAUCUGAAGUACUUGAGCACAGAGGAGAAGAAACUUCAGGGUGCCAAACGUGACAACGAAGUCCUCCUCCAGCGUCGCAAGGAAGGUGCUACAACUGUACCAUACCGUGUCAUUGACAACCCGCAAAAGCUCACCAAUGCUGACUGGGAUCGUGUAGUGGCAGUUUUCGUUAUGGGGCCUUCGUGGCAGUUCAAGGGCUGGCCCUGGGGUGGUAACCCCGUUGAAAUAUUUUCGAAAGUCUGUGCUUUCCACAUCAAAUAUGAUGAAAUGAAGCUGGAUACAAAUGUCGGCAAAUGGGCGGUGCAUGUGAUAGAGCUGUCACGUACGAAGAGGCAUCUGGACCGAGCAGCACUGAUGGUCUUCUGGGAGAAGCUCGAUAAGUACAUGAUCAAGUACAAACCACAUUUAAGAUUCUAAUGGACUACAGUGAGAGACACCUUGAUUUCUUCAUAUGUUGGUGACUGAUGCCAUUCAUAGCCAAUAGACUGUAUUAUAGGAUGAGCUGGGAGCGAAGAAUUACACAUCAUGUGUAGCUGUAAUGAAUGUAUCUAUAGUUACGAUAAUAAAUGUAAAACGUUUUAGCUGAAAUAUUAAACUGAUAUUUUCCCAUUA